AUGAUCGAGCAACAAGAAUCGGCCAUCGCUGACCCCCGUGCUAGUUUAAAGAAUUACUCUAAUCGUCAAGAUUCUUCGUUUCAAUAUGGUGAUCCGCCGAAAUCUGAAAUUAAUAAUGUGUCAAAAUUAAAAGCUGACAGUGCAGACAAAAUUGAGCUGACCCAACUGUUUGACGUUGAUUCUUAUGAUGUGGAAGAAGCCGAUAAAAAAUAUCUUGAAGCUAAACCAACAUGUUUUCUUCUUGUUGGUAAACCUGGCGUCGGUAAAACAGCCUUAGCAAGAAAAUUAGCUGACGAUUGGCAUGCUGAACUUAUCAAUCUUCCUGAUCUUAUUACAUCAAAUAUGAAACAAAAAACUGAAAUCGGUAUGCAUGCACGUGAAUUACUUGUACAUGGCGAAGCUGUCCCUGAUCAAAUGAUUGCGCGAAUGUUAGAUAUUAAAAUGCGUUCGCCAGAAGUAGCUCAUCAUGGCUAUAUUCUGGACGGAUUUCCAUUAAUCGAUGAAAAUACAAUGAAACUACGUGAUCAAAUAGAUACUAUGAAAAAUUGGCCAUUACCUCCUGAUUAUGUUAUUAAUAUUCGUAUACCUGAUAAUGAUUUAAUCAAUAGACGAAAAGAAGAAAAAAUUGAUCCUAUGACUGGUAUUAUGUAUAUUAAAGAACAAUAUGCGCCAGCACCCGUUCAAAAAACAACUGGCAAACAGCAAACAGGCGACGAUGAUGAUGUCAGUGAUAUUGAUGAAGAUCCUGAUAAUGGUGAGGAAGAAGGAGAAGAAGACGAUCAAGUAACUGAUGAAUUUUUCGCACCGGUUCCGACCGAAAUUGUCGAACGAUUAGUAACUCGACCUGAAGAUAUGAUACCUGAUGUGGACGAAAGUAUUCAAUUUUUUAAAGAUCAAUUGUUACGAAUGCUAGAAGAAUACAUGGCUAGUUUACCACAAUCGUAUUUAGUUGAACUCGAUGGAAAUAUGUCACCGACAAUUUUAUUUGAACAAUUACUUGAACGUCUUAAUGCAUAUGCAAUCCGACGAGCAGCACUAGUACAACGAUUCUUUCCACCUGAAAUAGACGAAGAAGAAAUUUCACAUGAAUCAGGUGAAAUGGAAAACGAAGAAGAAGAAGGUGAAAAAGCCAUUCGUAACGAUCCAGCGCCUGCUGAAGAAGCGGCGCCAGCUGAUGAAAUGGAAACAGAAGAGCUGAUGAAUUCAUUAACUAGUUCAAAUGUACUAUCAAAUAAAUAUAAAUGGCAAAGAAGUCGAUGGUUACGUCUUGAUCCAGUUGCUUUGAAACAAGGAAAUCGUGUACCUGGUCGACAAGAUCUAGCUGUGCAUUUUAUGGAUAAAAUAUUCGUUCUUUCAAGUAAAGAAUCAUUAAAAGAAUUUCAAAAAAAUCCUCGACGAUAUAUAUUGCAACCUCGAGCACCAUGUAAACUGUUUCUCUAUGGUCCUCGAGCUUCGGGUGUUGAACAGUUAGCACAAGAAAUUGCAAAAAAAUAUAAUGCAACAGUUAUUGAUAUGGUAACAUAUGCUAAACCAAAAAUGGAUGAACUUCGUCAGCAAUAUAUUGAAAAUAUAAAGAGUGAAAUCGAACGAACUACAAUCGAAAAAGUACAACAACAACUUGAUGCUGAUGCUGCAGAAAGAUUAAAUCGAGAAUCAUCAUCAUCGAAAGCAGAAGGUAGAGUAGAUGAAGAACAGGACGCAUUGAAUAGGGACGAUAAUGAAGCAGCGAUCGAUCCAAACAGUCUUGAAACAGCAGAAAAAGUUCAAACUCCUGAUGAUGAAGAGUCUGAAGAACAACCGCCAGCAGCAACCGAACGUUCAUCACCACCGCCAGCUGAAUCCUCAUCAUCGCCACCACCGCCAGCUGAAUCCUCAUCAUCACCACCACCACCAGCUGAAUCAGCAUCAUCUCCACCGCCAACUGAAUCAGCAUCUUCACCAAGACCAGGUGAAUCAACAUCAUCACCAGCAGGCCGGUCGCCACCAACUGGACGUUCACCAGUGCCGCCUACUGGAGUGCCUAAAGAAGAUCUGCAUGGUUUAGGCCCUGAAGAUGCUCCGACACAAGUGGAACCCGUAGGAAAAGUAACAGCUGAUCAUCCUGAAGUGAAAAAAGCUGUCGAGCAAGCAAUGGAAGAAGCCGGCAAUGCAGCAGUUAAUAUUCCAGCAGAUGUUUAUGCUGAAUUAAUGCAUAAAGCUAUUCAAAAUAUUGAACUAGAACAACGAGAGAAAAAUCCCAAUGGACCUUUAUUUGGCAAUUGGAUAUUUGUUAAUUUUCCAUAUGAUAAUGAAGUUUGGGCAAUAUUGAAUGAAAAAAAUAUUCAUCCAGAUGAUGUUGUUGUUGUACAAGAUAGUCAUGCACAAUUAGAAGCAUUACAAAAACGCUGGUAUCAAGCAAAUCGAACUGAAAUCGAUAGAGAAAUUCGUGAACGUGAAGAUCGUGAAGCUAAUGAAAGACGAAUUAAAGAUGAAGAACAAAAGCGACGAAUGGAAGAAAUGAAAAUGAUUGCUGAACAAGAACGAAACGAACGAUUAGCUGAACGACAAAGAAAAGUUGAAGCAGGCGAGCCAGUUGACGAUGAAGAUGACGCGGCUGAAAAAGAAAUGGAACAAGCUAUACUUGACGAUCGAAAUUAUGAACCAAAAAAAGAAGAUUUUAUCGAUAAAAUUCCAGAAACAAUACCAGAAGGUACGCUGCUAAAAACUGUAUCAAAAUUUGGAUAUUUUUUGAUUCAAAAUACAGAAGGAUUUUUUGUUUCUUUGCAUUAUCAAGAAGAGCUAUUAUCAUUAUUAGCUGAGCAUUCGUGA